ACUAGAGCCGGGCCAGUCGCAGCGGGGCGCGCGCAGCAUGGCGGAAGCGGAAGGAGGUUCUCCGCUCUUGUUGCCGCCGCCGCCACCCCCGCCCAGGAUGGCGGAAGUGGAGGCGCCGACGGCGGCCGAGACGGACAUGAAGCAGUAUCACGGCUCCGGCGGCGUCGCCAUGGACGUGGAACGGAGCCGCUUCCCCUACUGCGUGGUGUGGACGCCCAUCCCGGUGCUCACGUGGUUUUUCCCCAUCAUCGGCCACAUGGGCAUCUGCACAUCCACAGGAGUCAUUCGGGACUUUGCAGGCCCCUACUUUGUCUCGGAGGACAAUAUGGCCUUUGGAAAGCCUGCCAAGUACUGGAAGUUGGACCCUGCUCAGGUCUAUGCUAGCGGGCCCAACGCGUGGGACACGGCUGUGCAUGAUGCCUCUGAGGAGUACAAGCACCGCAUGGUAGGUGGGCCAGGGCACCAGCACUCCCCAGGCUGGGACCAGGGGGGAUACUCCCUUGCAGCCUAUCCUGACCAGCCCUUCCGGUGCCUCCAGCACAAUCUCUGCUGUGACAACUGCCACUCGCACGUGGCAUUGGCCCUGAAUCUGAUGCGCUACAACAACAGCACCAACUGGAAUAUGGUGACGCUCUGCUUCUUCUGCCUGCUCUAUGGGAAGUACGUCAGUGUUGGGGCCUUCGUGAAGACCUGGCUGCCGUUCAUCCUUCUCCUGGGCAUCAUCCUCACCGUCAGCUUGGUCUUUAACCUCCGGUGAUGGCUGCUCUGUGGCCCCGCACCCACCAGGGUCCCGAGGAAACAGCCGCCAUCCCUUUUGGUUCCAGAUUUUUUUCUCCUCACCCCAAAAGGCAUGGUUGGGCCUGCUGUUGUGGACCAGGGAUCAGGGCUGGCAGGAUGGAAGGGCUGAGGACCAGCAUGAGGCGGGGGUUUGUUGUCUCCCUGCCUCUCAGAAGCACCCUGUCCCCUCCUCCCCAGGCCUGUGACUCUGGCCCUGGAAGCCCCUUUGUUCUUCUGUUGAAGGGCCUUGUCUUCCCUCUGUAAAGCUGCUCCCGUCACUGCCUGCUGGGGUCCUGCCUCAGCCCAGCCCAGAACGGAGAGAGGAGGACAUUUGGGCUCACCUGUCAAGGUGGCCCUGGGACCAGAGCUGGAUUGGGAGGCUGUCCUGCAUUAGCUCUGGCCUCAGCAUGGGGUGGGGUACACUUAGUAGUCUCUAUAAGCGAAGCUGCCCUAGGACCUUCACCUAGAAUGCCUCUAGAAUGGUCCAGAGGGGCUGGCUGGUCCCUUUGUCAGACUUCUGCCAGCAACUGCCCUGGGGGACGUGUGUGCCCAUCUGGCAUCCUCCAGCCCAUGCAGUCCUCUCUUUACUGUCCCACAGCCUCCCAGUGCCUCCCAGCAUUGGACCCAUCUACCCCUGCAGUUUGGGGCCAGAGAGGUGAGUGGACCUGACAAGUGCCAGAGUGACUGUGUAGACAGAGCAGUGUAGACAGCACUCAGCCCCAGCCCCAGGUGUGGACGUCACGCUGGUGAUGGCUCCCCUGGGUGACCUGCCAGCACAGCCAGUGCCAUCAGGGAACUGAAGGGGCUGUCCACCGCCUAACUCCAGCUCCCCCUUUCUUCACGUCACCAAGGCCCUGUGCCGCCCGCCUCGCCCCUCUGCUCUGUGGAUUCCUUUGGGAAGGGUUCCCGGGGCAGGACAAUAAAGACUUUUGACUCCA